GGGGUUGGCCGCAGACAGGCUGGGAACACUGAACGUCGCCAUGCACUGUCCGUGGACCUACAGCUAGCUAACAGGAAUGCCUCAUGAAGACCUCGACCCAGGCCGUGUUGCUCCCUCCAGGCCGUACACCGUCGCGUUAUUUCUCAACCUCAAGAUGUGAAGAAGUAGCGAGUGUUAUGAAAUGUCCGGCUUUUAAGUCUUGUUUUCGGCUUUCGCUCGGUGUAGCGUGGCAGAGGCGGUGGAUCGCGUCCAAAGUUGUCGGUUAGCAGGGCGCGUGUGAAGGAUUGGAAUUAAAGGCGCAGUGCACCCCCUUGUCGCCGCAAAUAUGGAGAAGCAUCAGAACGACUUGGACCGAGAUCGCCAGUACUGUGAACUUUGUGGGAAAAUGGAGAACCUUUUGAAGUGUGGGAGGUGUCGCAGCUCCUUCUAUUGCAGCAAGGAGCACCAGAAACAGCACUGGAAAGAGCACAAACGCAUUUGUAAGGAGGCGGACAAGACGCAGCCUCCCAAACAGAAAGCCGAGCAAGAGCAGCCACCCGGGGAUGAGAAGACGUCGGAUAGAUGCCUGAAGAAGAAGGACAGCCCCGAGCAGGCGGACAGUAGUGCUCCUACGCAGCAAACCACAAACAUAGAACCACAUGGGCUUGGUGAGGAGGGCUCCAACAAUACCUCCCCACCUAACGGACAAACUUCUUCAUCCCCGCAGAAGCUGGCCAUGGAGUACAUCGUCCCGUGUAUGAACAAGCACGGCAUCUGUGUUGUGGACAACUUUCUGGGCACAGAGACUGGACUAAGCAUCCUGGAGGACGUCAAGGCCCUGCACAAAACGGGCCGGUUCACGGACGGGCAGGUGGUGAGUCAAAAAAGUGACUCCACGAAAGACAUCCGUGGGGACAAAAUCACUUGGGUAGACGGGAAGGAGGCAGGCUGUGAGAAAAUCCGUUUUCUUACCACACGCAUGGACGACUUAAUAAGACAUUGUAACGGCAAACUGGGCAACUACACAAUCAAUGGAAGGACUAAAGCAAUGGUAGCAUGUUACCCUGGAAACGGGACCGGUUACGUGCGCCAUGUGGAUAACCCCAACGGCGAUGGACGCUGUGUCACAUGCAUAUAUUACCUUAAUAAAGAUUGGAAUGCCAAGGAACACGGCGGCCUUCUUCGAAUCUUCCCAGAAGGAAAGGCCCAGUUUGCUGACAUAGAGCCCAAAUUUGAUCGUCUCCUUUUAUUCUGGUCAGACAGACGGAACCCCCAUGAGGUUCAGUCUGCCUACGCCACCAGGUAUGCCAUCACCGUGUGGUAUUUUGAUGCAGAUGAGCGAGCCAGAGCGAAAGAAAAGUAUUUAACAGGUGCAGGAGAAAAAGGAGUAAAGGUUGAACUGGGCAAGCCAUCAGAUCCCAUCUAGUGGGUAGCCUGCGUACGUGCGCUCCAUACAGCCGAUAAGUGCUCUGUCCCCGGAAAGUGGCCUAUAGAGAGCAUGUGUGUGUUUUACAUGAGGCAGUGGGAAGAUGGAUGUUUCUUACACACAAAAAAAACAAGCAUACCCAGCCAAUUGUGGUCAUACUCAGUCAACCUCGGCAACCCAAACAGACCUUGAAUGUCAUGACAUUGUACUGAAAGGGAUGGUGUGCGUUUUUGUUUGUUUUUUUUUUACUUCCCCUCCCCUCCUUUUUAGACAGAACAUUUGCGCCAUACAACUUUCACAAUAAAUCACAGGAGUCAAGCUCAUCUCUCAGUUAAUUCCUUAAAGGUACAGUGUUCUGCAUAACCUCCAUGCAUUAUGCUUUUCACGUGGAAUCAGCUGUUUUUAUGCUACUGUUUUGCAAAUGUGCUUGAGUUUGCAAUAAGGAGGAAUCAAAUGAAUUAAAUACAUCUUUUAAUGACAGACAUUGGUCUUGGUUUGACUUCAUUCAAAACUCGGUAGAUGUACAUGUCAGCCUUAUUCGACUUUAAACACAGAUCUCCUUGACCGGUGAUGGAAGGUUGUCGCUUUAUCCUAUGAGCACCAAAUCUAUUUUUAUGCUGCCCUCUGCUGGAGGUCAGUGGCGUUGCACGCCUAUUUUGAUCAUCUCAGUUUCACAUGAUAG